AUGCAAUACCCAACAUCACCAACCAUGCAAUACCCAACAUCACCAACCAUGCAAUACCCAACAGCACCAACCAUGCAAUACCCAACAUCACCCCAACCAUGCAAUACCCAACAUCACCAACCAUGCAAUACCCAACAUCACCCCAACCAUGCAACACCCAACAUCACCAACCAUGCAAUACCCAACAUCACCAACCAAACAAUACCCAACAUCACCAACCAUGCAAUACCAAACAUCACCAACCAUGCAAUACCCAACAUCACUAACCAUGCAAUACCCAACAUCACCAACCAUGCAACACCCAACAUCACCGACCAUGCAAUACCCAACAUCACCAACCAUGCAAUACCCAACAUCACCCCAACCAUGCAACACCCAACCCCCCAUGCAAUACCCAACAUCACCAACUAUGCAAUACCCAACAUCACCAACCAUGCAAUACCCCACAUCACCAACCAUGCAAUACCCAACAUCACCCCAACCAUGCAACACCCAACAUCACCAACCAUGCAAUACCCAACAUCACCAACCAAACAAUACCCAACAUCACCAACCAUGCAAUACCCAACAUCACCCCAACCAUGCAAUACCCAACACCACCAACCAUGUAAUACCAAACAUCACCAACCAUGCAAUACCCAACAUCACUAA